AUGGGGGUUAUUAAAAGAAACGAAAAUCUUUUUAAUGUCAAAUAUACAAUAUCGGAGGAAACUUUAUAUAUACCUUCAAGUGAUGAUGAAACAUUAAAUUAUUGGACUGAGGAAGAAGUUCAAACUCAACAGCAUGUACCUAAUUUGAGGCCAAGACCCCCAACUAUUGGUUCAACAUUUUCAACAUUAAAAAAUCAUAGUGGGAAAAAAAAAUUUCGACGAUAUCAUAAUGCCCAUCAGUUGUUAACAUUAACAGAAGAAGAUGAAUUACAAGAAGUUACAAUAGAAGAUUUUAUUGAAAAUUCAAAGUCUGGUUUUUCUAUUUUAUUAAAUGACGAAGAAGCUCUAGAAAAAUGGAAUGAAUUUAUAUCGAGUAGCGAAGAGCAUCAAAGAAAGUUGUUGGAAAAUGAUAAAAAAAAACAUGCUUUUCCCAGGCCUGCAAUUAAUAAAACAUUGAGAAGUUUACUGAGGAAAAAAAGCGUUCCUCUGGGAAUGGUUGAAUAUUUCGAAGGAGAAAUUAUUUCAUUUUUUUCAGCAGAACCUCAAAAAAUAUACAUUUCACCAGUUUUAUCAAGUUUUGAAAGGCUAUUACUUCAUUCAGUAUCUGAUUAUCAUCAUUUAGCUUCUUUAAAAAACGCUAAACUCGUACGAGUUGAAAAUCCAAAAAAUGAAUUUCCAUUACCAUCCCUACUUUUAGUUCAAUACCUGAAAUCAAACUACAGACUUUAG